CAUUAUUAAUUUGGAGUUCGGCUUCAGACGUCUGCAGAUAUUUGUGUGUGUAACUCGCCUAAUCACGUCAUUCGUUUCUUUAAUUUUUUUAUGUUCUUUAAGUUUCUUUAAUAAUCUACCCAAUUCGCUUACGCUACUUCUGUUCGCCAUUUAGCAUCAUGCCAAGAAAGCAUAAUUUUUCCAAAAAGAAUAUCGAUGACACAUUCAAACAGCUUUUUUACGACAAAUGUGUAGUUAAUCUGACAAGAGAAGUCAUAGAAAAUAAAAAAUUGAGCUUGGAAAAUACAACUAAAGAGGAUGGUAAUACAUCUAAACAAAAUAAUAUAUCAAUAGAUGAGGAGCCUGUUAAAAAAAAACAGAAGUUAGAUACAAACGGAAUAGAUAUUUUGAAAUUGGAAUUCAGAGAGGGAGAAACUCAAUUUAAAUCAAAAGUCAAGUCUUCAUUAAGACCCAAUAAUGAAAUUUCUUCUGCCAAUACUAAGGAGGUACCUACGGUUAUUGAUUGUGCUACUGAAUCUGCGACCUCUUCUGCUGAAAAUGUAAGACCUAAGAUCUGGGUUAAGGAUUUUAAGAAAAUGGUAGAUGAAGCAUAUUUAUCUAGCAACAAAACAAAUGAAACUAAACCACCUGUAAAUGGCAAAAAUCACGUAAAAUGGAAUUUAAUUGAAAUUGAAACAUUACAUAAUGAGUAUUUUAGCAAAUCCGUACAAGUUAAUAUUGUGACUAUUGCAAAUAUAAUAAACGUAAUAUCAAUGUCUAACGAAUAUCUCGAAGCACAAUUGGAUGAAUCUACUGAAAAAAGAUCCGAAGCUGAAAAAAUUAAAUAUAUAUGUGAUGCCCGCCGAUUACAUGAAAGAUAUAAUAGGAUUUUAGAAACAAAGUUGAACAAAAAAUGUAUAGACAUUACAUCAUCUUUUAAAAAAGUUGAUUUUUAUUCAGCAUUUAUAAUGUUUUUUCUGAGUAUACUAACUGUUCUUCGAGUUUUGGAUCAGACGAAAUUCGGUAAUAAUUGUCAAGAACUCUUUGAAAUUGUUAAAAAAUUGUUGCCAGAAAGUUUAAUAAAUAAUGAAUGUAACCAUCCCAACAUUUUUGCUACGUUCCAGUCAAAAUCAUUUUAUUCUGACUGCAUGAAUGUAUUAAGUGUAAUUAAUGAUAGUCGGGAUACUGACCCCGGAGUCACCGAUCGCAUGCCAUUGUACUUUUUAAAGACGGAAAACAGCCUGGGAUAUUUUAAAGCAGUAAUUAAUGCUGUCACCAGUGACUCAAACGAAGAUCUUUCAUUAUUAAUUGAUAAUGCUACUUUUAAUUGUUAUUAUAGUUCAGAGCAUACAGAUUCUGUGGUUUUAUCAACUUUACAGCAUUCAAAUUACAAUACACCAGUGACAGAAACAAUUCAAAGCCCUAUCAACUCUAAUGAAGCAAUGCCCCACCAGUCCCUUUCUAAAAAUCAAGAAGGAACUUGCACACAUAAUCCUGUGCUAAUUGCUAGUAAGGCCCAAGUUAUUGGUAAUACCGCGAUAGAACCGUCGAUAGUAACGAGUCAGUCAUUAACACCACCAACAACCACAUGUGGGAUAUUCCAACAAAAGAUUCAGAAUAAAAACACCGUUGCAAACAGUUAUCCUCAUACAGCUGUAUGUAAUACUAUUUUUAUUGAUAACAAUCUGUAUCAAUUGGUUAAGGAGCCAUCAGGUCAAUUGAGAGCAGUUCUUAUGCCAACUAAACCCAUUAGUCCUCUGCUGCAAGGAACAGCGUUGUUGUCAGAUACUACAACAUCAACACCUACAAUAACAACAUCUCAAUCAGUUAAUGGGCCAUCAGGUCAAAUGAGAGAAGUAGACAAUGGUACUUUUAUACCACCACAAACCGUUAAUUUCAAAUGCGACGAGGGACAUUGCAACAUACCUGCAACAAUAACGUGUAAAUGUAGAAAAGUGAACUACUGUUCCCAUAUCUGCAGAAAACGUCACUGGUAUGUUCAUUAUACUGACUGUGAAGAAAAGCAGACUCGACCCUAAAUUUUCCACUACAUAAAUAAAUAUUUUUAAUGUGAUAAAUUUAUAUGCUAAGCUUUUUCAUGAAAAUAUUUUUAUUUUUACGUUUAAAAUAUAAUGGAUCAUGUUUUUACAUUUAAUAUUUCUUAAGUUUGUAUAAUUAAUAUUACGAUCGAUUAUUAAUAUGCAUAAUCUAAUAUUACUACAUAGUUUUUAGGAUUCUAUGUAUUUCUUAUAGGUACAGUCAUUGUUGGUAUUUUUUAUGUUAUAUAUCAUCAUUUUUACUAAUUGUAUUGCUAUCUUACCUGUCAUGUUUAUAUGCCUAAUUAUACAAAGAGCUCAGCCGUUUAUUUUAUAAUAAAUAAAUAAUAUUGAUUCUGUUGAAGCUAGGUUGUUUUAGGUGUAGAAUGUGAGCUAAUGAGGUAUCCAAGAAUAUUUAACAUAAAA